UGGAGUGAGUUAGUGUAGACUGUAGAGUGUACUGUAAUUUGGAGCGAGUGAAACAAUGGAACCGACGGAAAGAGCUGGUCUAAAAACCAUGUAACCGACGGAAAGAGCUGGUCUAUUUAAGUGGAGAGAAUUGCUCGGCGAUGGGACGUCACAUAGCCGUAGAUGGGGACUAAAGAAAGAAAAUUCCAGGCAUCUCUAGACUUGUUAACUCAGCAACCUGACAUCUCUAUUUAUUGCUUGGUAUCAAGGUUGUUGGGGGAGAUGAAAUGAUGUGUUGGAUGUUGAUACUAGAAAUUGUUCAGGAGCUAGAGUGGUGGGCGAGCGUACGAGCCAUUUCGUGAUUUUAGUUGCAGCUGAUGGUGGGAGAAUAGCUUUUAUUCGUUCAGGUAUCCAGCGUUGAUGUACGUGAAUCGAUGAGAUUAUAGACUGUCUGUCUAUGGUGUAUGAAGGUACGUAUUGCUGUCUAUCGAUGAGAUUGUACAUUAAGUGUUCGACAAAUUCAUCCAAAGACGAAGAGACGUGCGAGUUAUGACAAGUUUUUGUAAUCUCUACCCAUAAAAUGGACUUGGGUUUGCCACCUCAGAUAUUAAGUGCAUGUUAGAGGCACGUGACACCCUCAAAUGUGGAAAUGGAAAAAAUAGUUGAAUUGGUUAGUACUGGAAAACUUCUGAUUGUUGCUAUAAAUUUCAUUCCAUUUCAGUAUUAAAGGGUCCGCAACUGAUAUACUUCUUCCAAGCAUCUCUUUGUCCUGACUCGUUUUUGAUUUCACUCUGAAAAGCAACACAGAAUCAUUCAAUUCAAUGCAGUCUAUCAAGGAAGUUGAAAUAGUAUUUGGUAAAAAAAUUUAAUGGUUUAGGUGGUUGUGUUAAGGUUUUAAUUGAGCCCCAUAGUCCGUACUUCUUUUAGUCCUCCACGAUUGGCUAUCAUAUUUUUUUUUAGAGCAUAGAGAACAGAGCAAGUAGAGAGAUAGAGAGGUUAGAGAAGAAGCCAUUUUUCUUUUGUCUUGAAAGGAAAGUGGUGGAAGUGUUUCUUCCUGAUUUUGUUAGCAACUGAAGAUAUGGUGAGGCCAAGAAGGUCUGAGAUGGGAUCAUCUUUACAUUCAGCAUCACUAACUAAUGUUCGUCCUGUUGAGUUCUUCAAGAUUUUUCUCUCUCCCAAGAGCUUUUACAAAAUGAAAGUCCGGGUGGAGUUCUUAGCUCAAAUAACACGUGAAAUUCCUGGAAUAUUUUCUUUAUGCGGCCCAAGUGGAAAAGUUUGGAGAGUGCGUUUACUUAAGAUGGACGAUGGCUAUUACUUUGAAGAAGGAUGGCAAGACUUUGUGAUUGAUAAUUACACGAGUAAUGGAGAUUUCUGUGUUUUUAAAUAUGUCGACAAGUUAUGUUUCCUUGUGCAAAUAUUUGACGGAAACUCAUGUGAAAAAGAAUCUGCAUUUCAAGCCAAUUGCAGUCAACCAUGCACAACUAAUUUUUCUGCAAAUUGUAAGGGUAAAAAGGCAGUGAAGAAGCAAUCUGAGAGACUAGGAGGACGUUUUAUAUCCCAAAGACGUGACAUUACGUACGAAGAAGAAAUGAUGGCGUUGGAUGCAGCAGGGGAAUUUGUUUCUAAAAUGCCCUAUACAAUGAUCACUAUGCGAGUUUCCCAUGUUUAUACUGGAUUUUGUUUGCCAUUGCCAUCCUCAUUCUGGAAGGUGUGUCUUCCUCAUUGCAGUCAAGGUAUGACUUUGAGGGAUCCUCGUGGAAAAAGAUGGGAUGUAAGGUUUUACGUGAACCAAACUCGCCAGAUUGCACAAUUAACUGAAGGGUGGCGUAAGAUUUCCUUCACGAACAACAUUGAAGCUAGUGAUGUUUGUAUCUUGGAACUCGUAAAACCAAAGGAGUUCAAGUUGCAUAUUUUCAGGGUUGUAGAAGAGAUCACACCAUUGAGAAGGGAACGUGAUAUCAGAAACGGCACAGAUUGUGAUUAAGCUGGGAAGAAACCAAAUCGUCAUGAACUUCUGGUAAAAAGUCCACGAUCCGACUUUAUUAUUAUUUCUGUCAAGGCAGGAUUUUUGUUGUUGUUUCAAUUGGAUGAUGGAUGACUGUAUUAUUAUUACUCUCCUUUAGAUUGCAGACCUUGAAAAACUUCUUUUCAUGACUUAAUAGACAAUCUCAUUUGAGGUUUAGUCUCGACAGUUAAUACCAUACUUACAGAUGAGCUGUUUUUAUUGAGCAUUUCCAAUCAGACAACUUCGUAUUGCGGAUAUGCUACACAACUUGGAAAAGAUGUGGUAACUCUUGCAAUUUUAGUGAAGAGGCGUCUAUGUAAAAGUUUUUGGUGUCUCUCCAUUCUCCUAUGAGAUUAAGGUACCAGUAAUUCUUCAAGUUAACAUCGCCGGCAAGUAAUUAUUAUUGAGUAUGCAUUCUAUAAAUACCAAAUGGGCCAAAACUGAAGAACAACAGUAAACCUUUAUCAUCAUAGUUCAUCUUUCAUAAUUUAUCAUCCUAUUCCUUUAUACUAUCCUGGAAAUGAAAGGAGACUAAUUGAGUUGGGUUAUUGUUGUGAAACUUGUGACUUGUUACUUGAGGGUCUUGGUUGGGUUGGGUUACUUUUAAUAAUCAAGAACGACGAAUAGAUUAGACAUGGAAUAACUGAGAUUUGAUUGAACUAAAAGUAGCUAACCAGGUUCUAGUUUUGCCUAUUUUUUCUGUACCAGAACCAACUUGUUAGGUCCCAGUUUUGCCUCAUUCUUGUACCUGAAAACAAACAAAAACAAGUGCCUCAUUUUUCCUGGCUUACAUUUAAAGUUGUAAAUUAUUAAUAUGCAAUCUCUUUGUCAACCAACCAUCUUCAUACCCAAUCUUAUCCAAGUGUAAAUCCAGAACCAUACAAAGUAAGAUUUUCUUCCUCGCUUCUACUCUGAAGUUCCAUACCACACGCCCGAAAAUUCCUCAACAUCUUCAUCAAGAAAUGGCAGCAACUUCCAUAGCGAUGUCAUCUGCUACAUUCACCAGUGCAUCAUCCGUUGUGACCGCUGGUCGCCAGGGAAGAAAGAGAAAUGUGGUAAAAGUAGAAGGUUUGAAUUCCUUUGGAGGGUUGAAAGCACACAACAGUGUAGCUUCUUUAGGGCUUCCAGUGUGCACUGAGAAGUCAUUUGCAAAUGUUGUGAGUUCCCUGAGAACUGGAUCCAAGGGAAAAGGAGGAGCACUUUCUUCUACCUGCAAUGCAGCAGCUGAAAUAUUUCAAAUUUCUUCAGUUAUGUGCGGUUUGACUCUAGUUGGUGUUGCGGUAGGAUUCGUUCUUCUGCGAGUGGAAGCCUUUGUUGAAGAAGCUGAAUAGAGAAAAUUCAGAACACAAAAAUGCUGUUUCUUAUUAUCAUCACUGUUUUCUUCUUCUUCAUGUUGUAAUACUGCAUUUAUUUAAUUUGCCUGUAAAAGGAUGAUUUUACGGUAAUUGGUUGUAUUCAAUAACUUGAAAUUUA